AUGAUCAUUCCCCAGUUCGUUGCCGAAAACAUCCAGGCCAUGAUGGCCGUUUCCGACGUGUGUCCUACGGAGCUCGUUGAAAACUCCCUAUACAAGAGAGACUUAAACCAGGCCUGGGACGAUACCAAGAACGGAUGGAACAAGUGCAUGGACAAAAAAUGGUGCAAAAUUGUGGUGAUUGUGUGUAUCAUCAUCGGUGGUCUAUUCGUGUUCUGGUUGCUUUCGACUAUCUUCCAGCUGAUCUGCUGUGGAGUGAAGUGUAUUGACGCCAUGUGCUGCUGCUGCUGCAGAGGAAGAAGGAAGACAAAGGAAGUGAUAUACAAGGAACAGCCGGCACCUACGUCACAAGGAAACGCCUACACCAAUCCAAACAUGUACUAUCAGCAGAACUCCAAUCCAUUUGCUGACCGAAAUAGGUACCAACAACAACAUUACUAG